UCAGCAUGAGCCCGCCCCUCCGGGCAUCGCCCCCACUAGGAGCCGGGCCCCACGUAGCCGUUAGCGGUUCCUAGGCUCAUUCCGGCCGGGCUGCUAGUUCCCCUGACUCCGGGAGCUGGGGCUUUAGCGAAACACGGGACACGCGGUGAAACCGCGGCGAUUGCCCAGGCCCGCGGCAGCGACCUCCCCCCCCUCCCCCAGCUGAUAUUUCUGUGAGGAGCCGCAUCCCCCACCCCCGGGUGCCGCGGAGGUGAUGGCUUCUUCUGAAUUUCAAGCGUUGUCCCAAGACGAACUCCGGAAAAGACUUUAUCAGACAUUUAAGAACCGAGGUGUUUUGGACACACUUAAGACGCAGCUCCGAAACCAGCUAAUCCAUGAACUGAUGCAUCCAAUUUUAAGUGGAGAACUUCAGCCACAAGCAGUGUCUAGUGAAGGCAGUUCAUUGUUAAUUGGAGCUUCCAACAGCCUGGUGGCAGAUCACCUGCGCAGUUGUGGCUAUGAAUAUUCACUUUCUGUUUUCUAUCCAGAAAGUGGAUUAGAAAAGGAGAAGGUGUUUACUAUGCAAGAUCUUCUGCAACUAAUUAGGAUCCAUCCAAAAUCCAGUCUUUACAAGUCAUUGACUUCAGGAGCUCAAAAAGAGAACAAAAAAGGUUUUCUUAUACAGAUGUUAAUGGAGCUGACAGAGCAUCACCUAUGUAAGGAAAGUCACAACGCAGAAACUCAGACAAUCUCAAUACCUCCUUAUAGAGAAUCUCUUGUUGAGAAACUUCAGCUGAUUGAUGAACAGUUUGCAGAUAUUUAUCCCCAGCAUCAGAAAUUUGAGUCUUUAGAAGUGAAACUCAUUGAAUAUCGAAAAGAAAUAGAGGACCAGCUUCAAGCAGAAAUGUCUGAAAAGUUACAACAUUUCAAAGAGGUUGAAAUAGCAAAGAUCAGAAUGGAAGAGAAAGCACAAUGCCAGAAAGAAGUUUCUGAUUUGCGUCGAGAGUUUGAAAGGACAAACCAAGCCAAGUCUGAGGCUCUGAUUGCUCGUGAAAAGAAUGCUAUUGAAAGACUUCAAAAACAACAGGAGAUUGAAGCAAAGGAGGUUUAUACACAAAGACAAAGUCUGCUGAAAGAUAUUGAAAUGAUAAGAACCAGAGAGGCAGAACUGAAGCAAAGAAUUGAAAGUUUUGAACUUGCUCAGAAACUUCAAGAAGAAAAAAAUAAAGCUGUUGAUGAUGCACUGCGACGUCGGGAGAUAGCUGUGAAGAACAUUGAGGAGACUUAUGACCAAAAGCUUAAGAAUGAACUCCUGAAAUAUCAACUCGAGUUGAAGGAAGAAUAUAUAGCCAGAACCACUAGGGUUACUGAAGAUGAGAAAAAGAAUAAAGAGAAGGCUAUACUUCUGCGUGAAGAGACCAUUGCUGUUAAUUCAAAGAAGGAAGAACUCAAACAAGUUGUAUCACACGCAAAAGAACUAGAGCUGGAGCUGGAUUCAGUAAAGGCGCAGGUGCUAUUGGUAAACAAACAGAAUCAGUUGUUGACAGAAAAAUUGAAAGAGAUUGCGGACUAUCCCUUGUUAAAGGAAGAGAAACUGGAGCUUCAGGUGCAAAAUAAACUACUUAAACAACAACUGGAGGAGACUCGCAAUGAAAACCUGCAUUUCCGAGACAAGUUAACUCAGCCAUCAGCUGAACAUGUAGCCUGCCAGGCAGAAUUGAGGAGAGUUGAACAUGCUAAAAAGCUGGAACAGGAUGAGUUUGAAACACAUAAACAACUUCUGGAAAAGCAACUGCAAAGUGAGGUUGAACGUUGUGCACAAUUAAAGAUCCAGCUGUUAGACUAUGAAACUACUAUCAGAAAGCUAAACGUACAGGUUGAAGAUUUGAAAUUGCAGCUGAAGCAAACACAGACAGUUCUAGAGAAUGAAGUGUAUCGGAAUCCCAAGCCUUCUCUUGUUGAUCGUUCUGUCAUUGACUUCACUGGUGAUAGGAUUGUACCUCAUGACAUUUAUGUAGAUGGUGCUUUCUUGAAGAACCGGGCUGUUACUGAUAUUGUUGUGGCAGAUGAUGUACCAAACGUUGGUUAUCGCCAGCAUUCACGGACCUGCAACUCUUCUCCAGAUUCUGACCUUGAAUUUGUCGCCAAAACCAAAGCUAGGAUAAAAGAACUAGAAAAAGAGGCAGAGUAUUUGGAAGAGGCCUACAGAAAUUACCAGCAUAGAGUCAUUCAAGGUGCAGUUGCAAACAGGACACCAACAAAGACUAAGUCCCCUCUACCUUUACGAAAUGCUGUUAGAUUCCCUUUGGCUUCUCAACACAGAGUAAUGUUUGUAGAAGACAACCUUGGCCCUCAGCAUUUCUCUCUUAGCAGUCCGAGUGGCCCAAGAUAUGUGACACCUGGGCAUGAUGAUGUCUUGAAAAAUCAUCUAAUUACUCCCCGAAGAAGAGUCUCUUCCUCCAGACGUCUUUCUUCUACUCCUCUCUCCAAAGUGGAGAGAAACAACAAUAGCCAUAUACUUCCAGAAGGUGUGUGCCUGCCCAGCUCACUAGUGCUGGAGAAUUUUGCCCAGCAGUACCCACAGAUGCCAGCACUUGUGCCUCGUGCCUGUAGCCCCUCCCCUGGCUAUACAAGCUGGUGCCACCCUGACCCCUCUCAGUUUCUUAUGGCCCAUGGCUGGAAUAGCAGCGAAUCGUACCUAGUCUCUUCCCAACAGAGUGUCGACCAGCCUCUUUCUCCUAUUUUGAGGACAUGCCAUCUUUCAUCUUCUGAGUCUGCUCCUUCCUCUCCAACCAGUCAUGGACAAAAAUUGAGUCUUCAUGAACAGCAAGCUGAUAAUCAGGACUUAAAUGACUCUUCAAAGCCAGAGAAGCUAGCAUAUGAGGACCUUGAAGAACAUAAUUCUUCUCUUAAAUAUCAAGGGGACAUUCCAGAGCAGCUCGAAAGUGAUGUGUCACAUCCAUCUGGGGACAGCGUCAAUGGGAGCAAUGUCACAAACACUGUGCCAGCAACAGCCACUUCACAGCAGGAUUUAACAGUGGUUGAUCAAAGCCAGUCUGAAGAACAGAAAAGAGAAGAGAAUGAGAAAAAAUGGGAAGAAGAAAGGAGAGAAAGAGACGAAAGAAGGCAAAGAGAAAGGCAGGAAGCACUGGAAAGGGAGGAAAGAGAACUAGAAAAACUGAAUGAAGAAAUGAAGUUGAUCCAAGAUUCGUUGAAAAGUGAAGAAGAAGAAGAAGAAAAAAAGACAGACCGUAAAGUGGAAGAGUCAGAAAUCAGUAAUCCUGAUGCUAAAGACAAUUUGUGUGACCCUCGUCCUAAUCCACUAGAAAAAUACAUGAAACUGAUACAGCAGAGCAGAGAGCAGGAGCUGACAAACAAGAGCUCCAAAAAAGAGGAAGAAGUAUCACUGAUAGAGAGACUUCUGUCUAGUGAAAAAGAUGACAGGUCAGGCUGGAUACAAUUAUUAUUUAAAGCUGAGUGCUGCAGGCGUCUCUCAUGGAGAACCGGAUGAAGACUUCUGGUGAAUAGCAGCUACUCUCUCCUAAUGACCAGCACCAUGGAAGAUGGUGUGAAGUUAUGUAAAACAGUCACUACACCACCAGAACUGAAUAUUUUCAUGCACAGUGGUUUCAGCUGAGGAUCAGAAUUAAAGUUUAACAUGUUCAUAUUUGGGAUAAUGUCUUUGUAAAAGGCUAAUUUUUUUAAUGAGUAAUUUUAGAUGAAUCUACUAUGACUGGUAGUACUAGUAGCUGCUAAAACCAUAAGUGCAUGGCCUAACCUUUCUGUUUUAAGCUUUCCCAUAUCUUCACAAAAUAUUCUAGGAGUCACUGUAGCCUGUUGAUCAGAAAGUGUGUUUGUUUUCGUAUUCAUGAAAAAGCUCUGGGCUGUGACUGAAAAGCAAAGGUGCCUAGUCUAUUAGGAUGUAAAGCAGUUCAACAUUUUUUCAGAUAAAUUAGGUGGCUUUUAAAAAAAAUACCAUCCUGCCUUAAGAGAAGAGAGUUUUAAAGAUUAAAUGAUAAAUGAACAUUCAAACAAAGUAGAUUUGAAAGUGAGUGUCUUUUCCAGCAUGUUUCUAUUGCUGGUUUCACAAAUGGCAUGUCAAGAUGACUAUCUGCAAGACAAGGGCUCAGAUAUGCCAAUUAUGAUUAAAAUUUUUAAUGCAUUCUGAUAGCUACCUGAUAAUUUCUUUGAGACCACCUUUGGAUUAGUGUAGUUUUUCACUGGCGAUAACUUGUUUAAGUACUUUUCUAAAGAAGCAGUAAGAGGGGGGAAGAAAAAUACACUUUAAAAGGUGAGCUUCAUGCUGUUUUACUGCUGGUAUCUUAAGUAUUCCAUAGGCGAGAGGGUACGAGCAUGACUGUCUUAAUCCUCUAUAAAAUGCAAACCUAAAAAAAUGUAGACUGUUCUGGUAUUUUAUAAUAAAAUGUGUCACCUGUG